AUUUUUAGUGAUUUUCUCACUAAAUUUAAAGUGAAUGUGGAAAUAUGAUUCAAUAAUUCGGAAUUAUUGUAUUUCCUUCAAUAAAAAUAUCAUUUCAUGCUCACUAGAAAAUAAUCAAAAGAAUUACAACAAAAGAAACAAAUGAAACAAUGUUCAAAAUUAACCCAACAGCAUUCUUAUCUUAAUGAAAGUCUUUCAACUGAAAUUAUGGAAAAUGUUUUUAUUGAAAUGUUAGAAUUAUUAGAUGUGGGAAAUAAGUUAUAGGUAGAGACUGAUUUUCAAGAAAGUUGUUUAGAUCCAUAAACAAAAAGAAUAGAGGAUUAUAAUAAUUGUUACAAUAAGGAGUUCUUUGAAUCCUUAGUUAAUGAUUAAAUUGAUUUAACUUAAUGCUUAUUAAAUCAUCAAAUUAGAGCAGAGAUUCGAGGUAGAAUGGUUGAUUGGAUGAUUGAAGUAUUUGCUGCCAACGAAUGCAUAAAUGAUAAUACAUUUUUCAGAGCUGUUAAUUUGAUGGAUGCAUUUCUUAAAAGCACUUAUAAUUACACUGAAUAACAUCUUUAUUUAAUAGGUGUUACUUGUAUAUUCAUUGCUUCCAAGAUUGAAGACAUAUAAUCUUUUGGAAUUAAAACUAUAACUGAAGAUCUUUCUCAUAAUAAAUUUUCAUCAUUCUAAAUUAAAGAAUUUGAAUCAAUAAUAUUAGAGACUUUGAAUUAUGAUACCAAUUUUCCUACAGUUAACGAUUACUUAUCAUAUUUAAGAUAUUAAUUAUUUGGAUAAUCUUAAAAGUAUUUAAAUCUAUAUAUUUUAGUUAAUCUGUCUAAGUCAUUCAUGAAACUGCUCUUUAUAUUCUAAAAAUGUGUUAUCAUGAUUACUAAUUAAUGCAAAAUAAAUAGAUACUUUUAGCUGCUAGUAUUUUAGGAUAUACAAUUUAAAAAUAUAUAUAAAAUCAUAUGUCCAAUCUAGGUGCAAAAUUAAAGAAAUAAUUACUAUAGACAGUAUGAAAUCAUUUUUAUUCUUUAGCAAAACAAUCUCCUUAGAAUUGGGCAACUCGAUUUAAUUGAAUAUUUGAAAUGUCUCUCUUAAGUAGAAGAGCUAACAUAAUAUUUUCACCUUAAGUAUCCUUCUUGCAAAAACCUUAUAGAAGUUAAAAUGGGUUGA